CUUGCAAUCUACUUGCUAAACACAAAACACAAACCUUAUUCAUCAUUCAACAUGCAGACCUCACUGCUUCACGAGCUAGUUGUUGGAAUUCCAAUCAUACACAAACAGUUUCAAAAAUCGAAUAACAAAUACUUACUUGAUUAUGCUUCUCAUCCAUGUCAAUAUCCAUCCCAACAUCAAAGCAAAAUGUUUCAAUGUUUUAGGUAAAGGAAGUUGUAACCAGAAAAAGCGCAGCAGGAUAGUAAUUCUGAGAUUUCAGUGAGACUGGGGACAAACAUAUCUGAAACUAUAAAAAGGAAGUUGAGCUUAGGGACAAGAAUUCUUCAAAUGGGUGGAGUGGACAAAGUGUUCAUGAAGUAUUUUAGUGUGAUAAAGGGAGAGAGGCUGUUGAAAGUUUGCCACUGUUAUCUGUCGACCACAUCUGGGCCUCUAGCUGGUCUCCUCUUCAUCUCCACCGAAAAGGUUGCAUUUUGCAGCGAGAGAUCAAUAAAAGUCUUUAAUAAGAAAGGACAAAUGUGUAGGAUGCGCUAUAAGGUUUCCAUUCCAGUGAAGAAGAUAAAGAGUGUGAGGCAAAGUGAAGAUGUUGAGAAGCCAAGACAGAAGUACAUAAAUAUAACUACAGUUGACAAUUUUGAUUUCUGGCUAAUGGGCGUAUCAAAAUAUCAUAAGACUUACAAAUAUCUGGAACAGGCAACUUCUCAAACUUAGAUGAAUAUGAGAUAUAACUUACAAGAGAUUAUAUGGCAACUGUAAUUGAAGAUAUAACCAGUAUGUUUAAA